UCUCUCCCACCCUUCAUUUUGCUUCCCUUGUCAAUGGAUGGUCAUGGUCUUCCUUGCUCCCAUGCCACCCCAACUAUCUCUUCUUACAUUGGUUCUUCACCCCCUUAUGUCCCCCUCCUCCUCUUCUUUCUCAUUUCCACUCUCUCAUGACCAACCAUCACUUCAAACACUCCAUUCUCUCAGUUUUUCUCAUGCCAUCACCAUCUUCAUCUUCCUCUGCAUAUUCCCUUUACAAUUCUUACAUGGUUUCCAACUUCAUGGUCUCUAUCAUAGUCCCCUUAUUCCUCUUCUCCUUGUUUGUUGUUCAUGUUUCCUCUUGUAGUCAGAUUGAUAAACUCUCCCUUUUGGCUUUCUCUGGGAACAUAUCCACCUCUCCACCUUUUCCUUCUCUCAAUUGGUCUGAUUCUCUUGACUGUUGUGCUUGGGAAGGCAUUACUUGUGAUGGGGAUCUUAGAGUCACACAUCUUUUGCUACCUUCUAGAGGCCUCACUGGCUUCAUCUCCCCCUCUCUCACAAACCUUUCUUCUCUCUCUCACCUUAAUCUCUCCCAUAACAGAUUAUCUGGUGGUCUCCAGCACCAGCUUUAUUCAUUGCUCAGUCACUUGGUGGUUCUUGAUUUGAGCUACAAUCAUCUGUCUGGUGAAUUGCCACCUUUUGGGAUUGAUAACAGUGGCAAAAAUAGCAGUGGUGCUGCUAUCCAGGAGCUGGAUUUGUCCAACAACUUUUUCAACGGGACACUUCCAAAUUCUUUGCUCGAGAACUUGGCAGCUGCUGCAGCUGGAGGAAGUUUGGUGUCUUUGACUGUUAGUAAUAACAGCUUCAUAGGUCAUAUUCCCACUUCCCUCUUUUGCAUUAAUGACCGUAACUCCUCCUCUCUCAGAUUCUUGGAUUAUUCCUCCAAUGAUUUUGAUGGUGCCAUUCAGCUUGGACUUGGAGCAUGUUCCAAGCUGGAGAGAUUUAGAGCAAGCUUCAAUUUUCUGUCAGGGCCUAUUCUAAGUGAUCUUUUUGAUGUUGUUUCUCUCACAGAAAUCUCAUUGCCCCUCAAUAGACUCACUAGAACAAUUGGCGAUGGUAUAGUUGGCCUUACCAACCUCACAGUUUUGGAGCUCUACUCCAAUCAUUUCACAGGUUUCAUCCCCCGUGAAAUUGGUAAACUCUCCAAGUUGGAACGGCUACUCCUUCAUGUCAACAAUUUGACAGGUAGUAUGCCCCCGUCUCUAAUGAACUGUGUCAAUCUUGUGGUGUUGAAUUUAAGGGUCAAUCUCUUGGAGGGAAAUAUCUCUGCAUUCAAUUUCUCAGGAUUCCUCAGCCUUACUACACUUGAUCUUGGCAACAAUUAUUUUAUCGGUGGUUUACCACCAACCCUUUAUGCAUGCAAAUCACUUUCAGCUGUGAGGUUUGCAUCUAAUCAGCUUGAGGGAGAGAUUUCUCCCAGGAUACUUGAACUAGAGUCUUUGUCUUUCCUAUCAAUUUCUACUAACAAGUUGAGGAAUGUUACUGGGGCUCUGACAAUACUCAGGGGGCUCAAAAACCUCAGUACCCUUAUGCUCUCCAAGAAUUUUUUCAACGAAAUGAUACCUCAAGAUGUGAACAUAAUAGAGCCAGGUGGAUUUCAAAAACUGCAGGUUUUAGGAUUUGGUGGUUGUAAUUUCACUGGUUGUAUAAAUAUAAAUAAAUAAAAUGAAGGUGAAAAAGAGAAUGAGGCUAUGUGUUAACUUAUUGUUGUGGUUGCGUCAAAUAUAAUUUUAGAUAAUA